AUGGUAGUGGUUUUGACUUUAAAAGCCCUUGAACAGUUCAAAUCCUAUUCGUUGGUGAAGAUUGUGGGAAUACUCAAAUCACAUGAAAGCGUUGUGACUAAGGAAACGAAUGUGGUCUCUGGUAUGGGAUCGUUGGCUCUUCUCUCCAAAGGAAAGAAUGUGGAUGAAGAAGAAGAAGAGUUGGAUCUCUCUGAAUGUGAUCUAACGAAUGAUGAAUAUGCUUUAAUGGUCUCCAAUCCCAAAAAGUUUGCUCGCAAAAAGUUCCCUACCACAAUGAAGCGAAACUGGCAAGGGAGCUACAACUCCAAAAAGGGAAACAUUGCUGAUGAUGAGUUCGGUGGUGUAGAAGUCUGGUCUACAGAUUCUAAAGAUGAAGAAGUUUGCAAGCCUACAGAUGGCAGAAAUUUUGUGGCAAAGAAAGGAAACUUUGAGCUUGGUGGAAGAUAUUUGAUGGUGACUGCUGGAGUGUCACCGAUGAGAGGCUAUAUAACCAAAGGCGAAGGUGAGGAAGCAAAGGAAAGAGAAGACAAGUGCUUCGCAGCCAAACCAAUGGGAGAACUGAUCAACGAAUGUGAUAAGUCGAUCAAGAAGAGAAACAUUUUUUGCUUAAUUUCUAAACGUUUAUAUACAAAUAUCACUCAAUUGCAUUUAGACUAUGAAAUCAACAAAAAGAUUCACAAAAUGAUUUUGCCCUUCCUAGAAUUAAAGGAGGAUGAAGUUGAUAUUGAUGGUUAUAAUUGUGAAUCUAUUGUUUCUUCAGAUGAUAUCUCUAAUGCCUAUAAGAUUGCCAUAGUAAACGAAGACAACGCUGGUGGUUGUGAUGAUAAUUUUUGGUCUGCUCCAAUCGAUAAUGCAGAUGGGACUAUCGGUUUAUCAGAGAGAACCUCAUGGAGGGUUAAAGGCAGAUCCAUGGCAAAACCACUCAAUAAGCCUGCAAGUUUUGAUGUACCAAGUACAAGUGGUACCGAAGAGAUUCCAAGCGAACCUGCAAAGGUGGAAAGUGAAACCUCUUCAAUGAAAAAUGAAUCUCAAGACAAGAGACCGAAACCAAAAGUCAAUAUUCACAAGUCUCAAAAGCAACUUGCUGAACAAAAACGCCAGCGAAACAGGAGAUAUCAAAAGAAUCUCAAUGAAAGGAAGCAGUUUUGGCAAUCCCAAAACUCCAAUUAUGUUCGCACAGAAAAGGCGUCAAAUCUCGAAGCGAAAGCACGAUCAAAGGAUAAUUCUGGUCCAUGCACUUAUUGCCAAUCUUGCAGUCAGAUGAACCGAAAAAUAAGUUUUAGUCCCAGAUCAAGUGGUGACAAGAACCAAAAGCCCAACUUCGGUCCUAAACCCCAUCCUACUCAUUCUCAACCAAAGCAUAAUCCUAACAAUAUUGUCAAUGAUGUCAAGGGAAAAAGGAAGCUCAUCUCUAAAGAUAAAAAGGAAACAAAGAAGACGUCUGCUAACCCUAGGAAACAAGAAAAUCAAAAUCAAAAUAACAAUCCUCAACCUGAUUUAAGAAAACCAAAAGAUAAAAAAAAAUCAAUUGUCGAGCAUUUUGUUGACAAAUGGUACAUAAAUAGUGGUUGCUCGUGUCACAUGACAGGAAGAAGGGAAGAGCUGAGGGAGUUUCAGGCUCGAACAGAUGGUGGAUGUGUCAAAUAUAGUAACAACUCAUAUGACAUAAUAAAAGGAUAUGGAAUGAUCACAAAUAGGGAUUUUUCAAUUCGAAAGGUGGCAUACAUGGAAGGAUUGAAACACAGUCUCAUAAGUAUCUCGCAAUUGGUAGUAGGAUCUGGCUUGAAGGUCUCAUUUGAUGAUGAAGGAUCAGAGAUCAUUGAAAAGAAAUCUAAGACGGUUUGGCUAAAAUCACAGUGA